AGCUCAGCGACUUCGGUGCUAGGAUGUCGGACGCCUGGGUCCCAAGCCUAGCGCCCACCUUGCUUCUUAGCCUGCUGGCUGGCCCCCACCGCGCGAUCGCCUGGGAGGAGGCACCCAAAUGUAAUAUCUUCUUCACCUGCACCCAAGGACACAGAUGCUGUGGUUACAACUGCUGCCAGGAGAUGACAAUCUUCUCCGGCCCCUUGAGGAUCUUCAUCAUCAUCUUCCUCGUCAUGCUGCCCCUCGUGUGCAUCUGUGGCCUGGCUAAGCGCUUCUGUAGCAAAUGCAGGGAGCUGGAGAGGGAGCCUGCAGAGGAUCACCAAGGGCUCCCAGGCCCACCCUCCAUUUCCCCGCAAGAGAGGGCCAUGGCACCGACCUCUGAGCCCCCACCACCCUACAGCGAGGUUAUUCUGAAGCCGGCCCUGGUCCUGCCUCCCACAGAGCCGCCCCCUCCCUACAGCUUCAGCCCUGAAGAGUAUGCUGGGGUGCGGAGGGGCAUUGACAACCCAGCCUUCUGAGCCCCUCCUCCAUCUUCUCGAGAAAGCCAGAGACUUCGGGGACUCCUGGAACAUCCCCAUCCAUCUUGCCACAUCUCUGGUUCUUCUUGGAUUUAACUUAUUGCUUUUUCUGCCCUCGUUCCUCUCCAUCUGCCUCUUAUCCUAAGGGCUGGGUGGAGCCACAGUAUCCCCUCUUCCAAGUUAGAGGCUGCCAGGAGGAAAAUAUCCACAGCUGAGGUCCCUGCAGUGGACUAGGCUGCUCUGCAGACUAGAGGCAGAGCUGUCACUGGAGACACACAGAUCAUGACUGGACAGCUAGCUCUGAUACCAUGGAGACACUUCUGUAUCCCGGGGAGGUUGCACGGGGUGAGCUCUGAGCCACCUUGAACUCCACCUGAAUGGAGAAGACCGCAUUGUACCCACCCCCAACACAUGCUCCAAACACAUGUGGUCAUUAAAUUUUAGCUGACUGUGACCAGAA